AGUUUCUGAUCAUAAUUAGAGGUUGGUUAGAGAAAGCUGAGUGUUACGGUAGAAAACCGACCAAAGUCCGGUCCGGCCCGGUCCGCUUAUGCAACGAAGUCCUGGAUCGGAUCACGUGGACUGCAGCCGGCUUAAAGGAGGCGGGAUCCACAGUGGCGCCGGCCACACUGCAGGACCGCAGCAUGCAGGACAUCAUCGCCAGGAACGGGCUGGAGACCCCAGAGCCGCUGAAGGCUGAGGUCAAAGGGUCGAUGCCGCCGUGGCUCCAAGGCACUCUGGUGCGGAACGGACCCGGACUUUUCUCAGUGGGGAAAUCCGAGUACAACCACUGGUUUGACGGCCUGUCGCUGAUCCACAGCUUCACCUUCCACAACGGGGAGGUGACGUACCGGAGCAAAUACCUGAAGAGCGAAACCUACAGGAGGAACAUGAAGGCCGAUCGGAUCGUCGUGUCCGAGUUCGGCACCAUGGUUUACCCCGACCCCUGCAAGAACAUCUUCGCCAGGGCAAUGACACAUUUCCGCAACAUUGUCCCCGAUUUCACUGACAACAACCUAAUCAACAUCAUCCGCUACGGUCAGGACUACUACGCCUCCUCUGAGGUCAACUACAUCAACCAGGUCGACCCGCUGACCCUGGAGACGGUGGGCCGGACCAACUACAGGAACCACAUUGCUCUGAACCUGGCAACCGCUCACCCUCACUACGACAAGGAGGGCAACACCUACAACAUGGGAACCGCCAUCAUCGGCCUCGGACGUCCCAAAUACAUCAUCUUCAAAGUGCCAGCAGACGCCUCAGAUAAAGACCUCAAGAAGCCGGCUCUGAGAAAGGUUCAGCAGAUCUGUUCAGUUCCUUUCCGAUCCACUCUGUAUCCGAGUUACUUCCACAGCUUCGGCAUGACGGACAACUACAUCGUGUUCGUGGAGCAACCCUUCAAACUGGACAUAGUGAAACUGGCAACCGCCUACUUCAGAGGGGUCAACUGGGGGAGCUGCCUCAAAUUUGAUGAGAAAGACAGUACGUUCUUUCACAUCAUCAACAUAAAGACGGGAAAGGUUAAAUCUCUUCACUACCGCGCCGAUGCUCUGGUGGUUUUCCAUCACAUCAACGCCUACGAGGACGACGACCAUGUCGUGUUCGACAUCAUCGCCUACAAUGACAGCAACCUGUACGACAUGUUCUACCUCCACAACAUGACCAAGGAAACGGACAACUUCAUCCAGACCCACAAGGAGUUCUCCCUGCCGGUCUGCCAGAGAUUCGUCCUGCCGUUGAACGUCCACAAGGAUUCUCCCAAAGGAACCAACCUCGUGACUCUGACAGACACGACAGCGCAGGCGGUGAUGCAAGACGAUGGAUCCAUCUACUGCAAACCCGAUACGAUCUUUGAAGGGAUGGAGCUGCCGGGGAUUAACUACAACUUCAACGGCAGGAAGUACCGCUACUUCUACGGCUCCAGGCUGGAGUGGUCACCUCACCCCAACAAGAUCGCCAAGGUCGACAUCGUCACCAAGACGCACGUCGAGUGGCAUCAGGAGAACUGCUACCCGUCGGAGCCGGUGUUCGUCGCCUCUCCGGGCGCGGAGGACGAAGACGACGGAGUCAUCCUGUCGUCCAUCGUUUCCUCAGAUCCAAGCGUUUCUCCGUUCCUGCUCAUCCUGAACGCCAAAACGUUUGAGGAGGUCGGCCGGGCCUCCAUCCCGGUCCCGGUCCACAUUGACCUCCAUGGACUCUUCAUUCCCGCCAAAUCAUAAAAUAUCGGCAAACCGUUUGGUUUAAAAGCAGAUAGUUACUAUUGAAAUGAAAAUGAAAGGUUUUAUUUUUCUUGUUUUCAUUUUGUAUUCAAAUCUGACUGGUUUUACUGGGAUUUAGUCAUAAAGCAACAUCUAGAGUCAUAUUUCCACAAAGUGUUUACCAAAAUGAAACAAGCUUCAAAAUCCGAGCAUUUAUUUUAUUUGAAAAGUUAAUUUUAGUACUCAAAAGUUUGUAUUUUCAAAACCAGUGUAAAAUAGUUAAACGUUUUUUGCAGGUUUCUUUUGUUUCCUAUAUUUAAGUUCUGUGUUGUCUGCAUAACAUGAAUAUUUUAGAUAUUUUAAGAUACAUUAAUUUAUAAAACAGUAUCUGAGAUAAUAAACUAAGUGAUAUUGAUCUUG